UUUCUAACUGUCAGCGAGAAAUAGACAGGAGAUGAGCAUCCCAUGAUGAUGGGUCAGCCUUCCUCAGGCGUCUGGGGCAGGGUUACUCUGGCUGCAGGGUGGAGAGUAGAGUACCGAGAGACAAAGGGACAGAGGGACCCAGAAAUGUCCCCGCUGAGAUACAGACUGUGGGUCCUGCCCUCACUCUGCCUUUCCUUGCUGCUCCUGGCCUGUUUUGUAGCACCCACACCUUCAGAAAGCCUGGACCCCACACCUAGCCCUGAGAACAGCCGCUGGAGCCUGGUAAAGGCCAGGGUGAUGAAGAUAGUGGAGCCAUUUGUGACCAAGACCAGGGACAAAUGGCGGUGGUUCUGGGGCCCUGGAGCUGUCCAGGGCUUUGUGCAGACCUACUAUGAAGAUCACCUGAAAGACCUGGGUCCCCGCACUCAAGCCUGGCUGCAGAACUCCAGAGACCACCUCCUAAACAAGACCCACAGCCUGUGUCCCCGGCUGCUCUGCAGGGACCAGACUCAGGGUUAAAGGGCUCCACAUCUCCCUCCCCUGGCACCCGUAAUAAAGGUGUUUGUUCUUA